UCCACAUGAAUCUGUUGGAAGCAGCAUGGCUGAAGCUGCAGCUGGAGAGACGUUCACGGUCUGGCUGUCGAACUAGAAUCUCUGCAGAAGGAUUAACAGAGAACGCUGGUCUGAAGUCAGUACAUCUGAGAACUGCGCUGACAGUGAGCUGACACGAGAACAAUGCGGCACUAGAGGGAUCUCAACACAGCCAGGAUGCGGAGAAGUAUUCGGCAAAGGGACCCUUUUAAUUCUGAAAAAACAAAUGGACAGAACAUGGUUUAACUAUCUGGAAUGUGAUAUACAGGAUUUGUGAGGAGAAAAAAACCCUCAAGAAUCCCACUCCGUCUCGCACCAAGAUUUUGGACGGCAUCUGGCACCAAAACAACAGGACUCUCCGUCUUGUGGGAAGUGUGGCGCAGUGGAGGGAGCCGUGCCAUAAAGGAAGCACCCGAUUCGGGCAAUUGCCAGCUAAAGACUGAACUCAACUGGGACCUUCAGCAGCGGGCGGUAAGAGGAGGAGGCCAUGUGGACCGCACGCCUGCUAGUCUUCGCCAGCCUCUUCGCACCAGCCGCUCUGGCCUUCAGUCGAGCACCCAUCCCUGGCGGUGGUGAGGAGGGAGCUGUCGUGCGAGAGCUAUCCCAUCGAGCUGCGCUGCCCGGGCACGGACGUCAUCAUGAUUGAGAGCGCCAACUACGGCCGCACCGAUGACAAGAUCUGCGACGCAGACCCAGCACAGAUGGAGAACACGCGGUGUUACCUGCCAGAUGCGUACAAGAUCAUGUCACAAAGAUGCAAUAAUCGGACCCAGUGUGCUGUUGUGGCUGGACCAGAUGUAUUUCCUGACCCUUGCCCAGGAACCUACAAAUAUCUAGAGGUCCAAUAUGAAUGUGUACCCUACAUAUUCCUGUGCCCAGGGCUUCUGCGCAGGGUGUACCAGAGCGAGCACCUCUUUGAGUCGGACCACCAGUCAGGAGCAUGGUGCAAAGACCCUCUCCAAGCCUCCGAUAAGAUUUACUAUAUGCCCUGGACACCCUACCGCACUGACACACUGACCGAAUAUUCCUCCAAAGAAGACUUUAUCGCCGGAAGGCCGACAACAACUUACAAACUCCCACAUCGCGUCGACGGAACAGGUUUUGUGGUCUAUGACGGGGCGCUGUUCUUCAACAAGGAGCGCACCCGGAACAUUGUCAAGUUUGACCUGCGGACUCGCAUCAAGAGCGGCGAGGCCAUCAUUGCCAACGCCAACUACCAUGACACAUCUCCAUACCGCUGGGGAGGGAAAUCAGACAUUGACUUGGCUGUUGACGAAAAUGGCCUUUGGGUGAUUUAUGCCACUGAGCAAAACAACGGGCGGAUUGUAAUCAGCCAGCUCAAUCCUUACACAUUACGUGUUGAGGGGACCUGGGACACAGCCUAUGACAAGCGCUCGGCAUCCAACGCCUUUAUGAUCUGUGGAAUCUUGUAUGUAGUAAAGUCAGUGUAUGAGGACGAUGACAACGAGGCAACAGGAAACAAGAUUGACUACAUCUACAACACAGAGCUAAGUAAAGAUGGCUCUCUGGACAUCCCUUUCCCCAACUCCUAUCAGUACAUCGCUGCAGUGGAUUACAAUCCCAGGGACAACCUGCUGUACGUUUGGAACAAUUACCACGUCGUGAAGUACACUCUGGACUUUGGAGCGUUGGACAACAGACUCGAAACGUCCUCCUCUGUGAUGGUUUACAUGGACACGACGACCAUGACAACGAGGACCACCACUCGACCGACCACAGUUACCACGACGACCACAACAGCCAGGACUACCACUACCAGGAUGCCUGCCACGACAACCGCAAUGGCCCUGUGGCCGCGGACCACAUCUACGGUGGCGGCCCCUGUCCAGACGCUGGUGGAGGAUUUGCACCCAGAAGACGACGACGACAGGGCGCCACCUUCCUCCAAGCUUCCCAACAUCAGGGUAGAGUACUGCAAUCCCCUGGUGAUGAUGGACAUCUCCUGGCCCAAGACCAAGCAGGGCGUGGUAGCCAAGAUGCCCUGUCCACCAGGAACCACAGGCGUGGCCUCGUACAUGUGCGUGGGACCAGAGGGGUACUGGGACCCCCAGGGACCUGAUUUCAGCAACUGUACCUCCCCGUGGGUCAACCUCAUCAGCCAGAAGCUAAAAGCUGGGGAGACAGCGGCAGUCAUUGCCAGGGAGUUGGCGGAGCAAACUAAGCGUAAUCUUCAGGCAGGAGACAUCACCUUCACAGUGAAGGCCAUGGUUCAGCUGGUGGAUCUACUCGACGUGCAGCUGAGGAACCUCACGCCAGGUGGCAAAGAUAGUGCAGCACGAAGCCUGAACAAGCUGCAGAAAAGAGAGCGCUCUUGCCGGUUUUAUGUUCAGGCCAUGGUGGAGACGGUCAACAAUUUGCUGCAGCCGCAUGCCCAGGCAGCGUGGAGGGAGCUGAGCACAGGCGAGCAGCUGCGGGCCGCAACCAUGCUGCUGGACACUGUGGAGCAAGGGGCCUUUGUCCUGGCUGAUAACCUGCUGAAGACGGACAUUGUGCAAGAGAACACUGAAAACAUCCAGCUGGAGGUGGCAAGGAUGAGCACAGAUGGGAACUUGCCUGAUCUGAAGUUCCCACAAACUGGAGGACAGGGCAACUCUAUCCACCUCUCAGCGAACACGCUAAAGCAGCACGGAAGAAAUGGUGAGAUUCGGAUAGCGUUCGUCCUGUACAAACAUAUCGGGGUCUACCUUUCGACGGAGAAUGCCAGCAUGAAGCUAGGCAGCGAAGCCAUGGCUACCAACUACUCCGUCAUUGUCAACUCACCGGUGAUCACGGCCGCCAUCAACAAGGACUCUAACAAAGUCUACCUGUCUGACCCCGUCAUAUUUACCAUUAGACAUCUACAGCAAUCUGAGGAGAACUUCAACCCCAACUGUUCAUUCUGGAGUUACUCCAAGAGAACCAUGACUGGAUUCUGGUCGACGCAGGACUGCCGCUUGCUAGGCACCAACAGGACACACACCACAUGCUCCUGUACCCAUCUAACCAAUUUUGCUGUCCUCAUGGCCCAUGUGGAUGUCAAGAACACAGACCCUGUUCAUGACAUGCUUCUUGAUGUCAUUACUUGGGUUGGCAUCCUCCUGUCCCUGGUCUGCCUGCUCAUCAGCCUCUUCACCUUCUGCUUCUUCCGCGGCCUCCAGAGCGAUCGUAACACCAUCCAUAAGAACCUCUGCAUCAGCUUGUUCAUCGCCGAGUCCCUGUUCCUGGUGGGGAUCAAUCGGGGUGACCAGCCGAUUGCUUGUGCUGUCUUCGCCGCCCUGCUCCACUUCUUCUUCCUGGCAGCGUUUACAUGGAUGUUCCUUGAGGGUGUGCAGCUCUACAUCAUGCUGGUGGAGGUGUUUGAGAGCGAGCACUCACGGCGGCGCUACUUCUAUCUGGUGGGCUACGGGGUCCCUGCGCUUAUUGUGGCCGUUUCUGCCGCAGUGGACUACCGCAGUUAUGGCACCGACCGAAUUUGCUGGCUUCGCCUGGACACCUACUUCAUUUGGAGUUUCAUAGGACCAGCAACCUUGAUAAUUAUGCUCAAUGUGAUAUUCCUGGGCAUCGCUCUCUACAAGAUGUUCCAUCACACGGCCAUCUUGAAACCAGACUCCGGUUGCCUGGACAACAUCAAAUCAUGGGUGAUUGGGGCCAUUGCCUUGCUAUGCCUGCUGGGCCUGACCUGGGCCUUUGGCCUGAUGUACGUCAACGAGAGCACGGUGGUCAUGGCCUACCUGUUCACCAUCUUCAACUCCCUGCAAGGAAUGUUCAUCUUCAUAUUCCACUGUGUGCUGCAGAAAAAGGUGCGUAAGGAGUAUGGGAAAUGCCUGCGUACUCACUGCUGCAGUGGCAAAAGUGUGGACAGCUCCAUCGGCUCUGGAAAAGGCACCGCCUCUCGUGCUCCAGGACGCUACUCUACUGGGUCACAGAGCCGCAUCCGUCGAAUGUGGAAUGACACGGUCAGAAAACAGUCAGAGUCUUCUUUCAUGACCGGCGACAUCAACAGCUCUGCAUCACUCAACAGAGAGGGAAUCCUGAACAAUGCCCGGGAUACAAGUGUCAUGGAUACUCUACCACUGAAUGGUAACCAUGGCAACAGUUACAGCAUCGCCAGCGCUGAGUACAUGAGUGACUGCGUCCAGAUCAUUGAUCGGGGUUACAACCACAAGGAGACCACACUGGAAAAGAAGAUCCUGAAAGAGCUCACCUCCAAUUAUAUCCCCUCCUACCUCAACAAUUCCCACGAGCGCUCCACGGAGCAGAACCGGAACCUUAUGAAUAAGCUGGUGAAUAAUGUCAGCAACGGUGGCAAGGACAGUGGCUACGGGAUGGGUCUGGGAAUGGGGAUGGGCAUGAAUGUGGCGCUGAGCCUGGAUGACCACUCCACCUUUGGUCUGCACCACGACGAAGGCCUGGGCCUGGAGCUAAUCCGCGAGGAGUCCAACGCCCCGCUGUUGCCUCAAAGACCGCUGCCGUCCCUGCAGGCCGUGGACCACCUUAACAAUCACCUCCACCAGUCAGCGCCGCCACCCCUUCCUCUGCCCCACCACCCCUUCUCGUCCGCCACCACUUCCUCGUCUCGGAGGAGGAUCCCCCAGGAGAACAGCGAAAGCUUCUUUCCCUUACUUAAUAACGAGCACACCGACGACGAGGGCUCGUCCCCGAGCCACAACCACCAGAGAGACUCCCUCUAUACCAGCAUGCCCAUGCUGCCCGGCCUGCCGGACGUGUCUGCAGAAUCUGCUGACGGCUCCAAGGACGGCGGGGACGCCAAGAGCCCAGAGGCCAGUUCGGACGACGUUUACUACAAGAGCAUGCCCAACUUGGGCUCACGUAACCACCUCCAUCAGCUGCACUCCUAUUACCAGUUAGGGCGGGGCAGCAGCGAUGGCUUCAUUGUGCCCCCAAACAAAGAGGAUCUAUCUCCAGAAGAAGCCCAGCCGGAGCCCUCGCACCUGGUCACCAGCCUAUAGGCCCGACACCCUCCCAGUCCUCCAGUGUCCCUCCUAUAACCGUAGUCCUCUUCCCACGUGUCCCCUUGUUCCUUCAGUCGUUGGCAGUGGUAGCCUUUCUUUUUAUUCCGUGUCCCGGAGACUGAAGCAGAGCAAAUGACUGUACUCUCGCUUUAACUGACCACAAAAAGGAUAUUAUUGCUACGUACGGGGCCUAAUAUGUGACUAUAUUUGGUUAAACAUUGCGGGAAUCUGUUGAUGUUGUGUUCCCCCCCCUCCAACCCUGUGUGGUUUGGCGUGUUUUGUCUCAGUGUGAAAAGAGACAAUUACUCACACAGGAUUUUUAGGUCUCAGAGAUAUAGUGUGACAGUCAAAAUGAACUGCAUAGCCCCAAACUAUACAAGUCUAAACUAUAGACCUCACCAGAAUAAAUGGGAAAUUUAAAAAAAAGGACUAUUUUAUUAUACUUCUGUAUCUAUAUUGACUUUUUGAAAGAUUUUCUUCCUCUUUGGUGAGUUGCAGCACAUUUUGUUUGCUGAAGUGUCCCUUCGAUGAAAAAAAGACAAAAAAAACCAACAACUACACAAACACACAUUUUGAACAAUUACCAUGAAGGAAUUAUUGACCGUAUGCUUUCAAGCAUAGCUGUUCUUUUUCUUUCAUUUUACUGUAAUAACAGUUGUUAAAAGAGGGAGAAAAAAAACUAAUAAGAUAAUUAUGAGAUAUUUCUAUGUAAUUGUACAGAUAACUAGCAUUGCACACAGUAGUAUGCUUUUUUUGUUCCGAGCAAACCCUUUGUCUCUGUAAAUGUAGUGGUUAGGAGCAAUUUUGUUCUGUUGUGCUGGCCUUUCUGGUUUUCUGGUACCAGUCUGUUUUUUGUUUUUUUUGUUUUCCUCUUUUAUCACUUUCCAAGAAUUGACCGUCUAAAUAGAAGCAAAAUAACACAAAAAAUAUCACAACAAAACACUUAUCGUGCUGGCUUUUUUGUGCUACAUAUUCAUCUCUGUUUUUUCAGGUCUACUUUCUGUUCCAGUUUGAUUUCUUUUCCCUUUUUUUUUUUUUACUGUGUAGAUAGCAGAGCUCUGAUUCACAGAUCGUCAAGGAGACCGAUAAGUCCAAGUUAAUCAUGAGUUGUCCCUCAGAAAGGUUCAUAGUGCAUUCUGCAUCUCUAUUGGCAUUCGCUUGUGCUUCGGGAGAGAGAGGAAAUUGAACAUUGAUGAGCACUAGGCACUUGUACAAAAAAGAAAGAUGGUUGUUUUACUUAUUAAAGAAAGAGCUUUUGGAGUGAGAAAAACUGGAAGUGUUUUUGUUUUUCUUCCUCAAGGAGAAAAUAUAUUUAUUUAUCUGUUUAUUAAACAGUAAUCAAAUGGAGGAUGGAACUAAGCUUAGUGGCACAGAUAAGUUUUUAUUAUGGGCUAUGAUUAUGGCUUCUUAUUUAUUCCUUUUUGUAACGGUUUCCAAGUUGAAUGACCUCAUAACUAAUAUUUGUUGUAACAGUGAAACUUGUUUGCCAACAAAUAAAUUACUGACUAAGAUUUAUCACUUAGCUAUGACAAAAGUUUUGUCUGGGUCUUGGAACUCUUUUAUAUGGAUACCAGCAAAAGGACCUCCAAAUGAUGGAACGAUCAAUUCAUUUUUGUUUAAAAUUAUCAGUUAAUAUCCCUCAUUAGCCCUCUGUCCAUUUUAGUGCCAAAUAAUUUUUGGCCCAGAAACAGUGGAUGUGCUCUGUAUG